AGCGGGGCAUGAAUCGUCUUGAGAUGGCGGAAUACAAGCCGCCAUUUCCCAAAGCGUGCCGGAUUUUCUGGGGCAGCAUCCUAGCGACAAAGGCAGUUCGGGGUCUUUGAUGACAUGUUUCCGAGAUUCAGCACCAACGCCACAGUCGGCGUGUCCAGGGGAGUACAAUAAAACUAGAAGUCGAUUAUCCUGAUGUGAGAAGACUUGUUACUCUGCAUUUCAACUUUUUUUUACUGCUUCUUAACCACUAUAACUGCUUGAAUCCAAAAACCACACUCUAGCAAAAUCCCGACUACAUCUACAUCUACCUAUCUACUCUACAACAUUGACGAUAUCAACACAACAACACAAUCAAACAUAGAAACCUUUUCACCAAAAAAAAAGAUGGCAGGCGUCAACAAAGUAGCAAUCAUCGGUUGCGGCUCCAUCGGUGCAUCAUGGGCCGCUCUUUUCCUCGCACAAGGUCUUGAAGUCUCAGCAUUCGACGUCAACCCUUCAGCAGAAAGUUUCCUUCGAGAGCUCGUCGCCAACGCACUACCAGUGCUCUCAUCGCUAGGUCUUGUCAAGAGCUCGCAAGCAACGGCAGCGGAUAUCGAAUUCACCACAGAUAUGGCCACCGCUCUCAAGAAUGCCAGCUUUGUACAAGAAAACGGUCCCGAGAGGCUAGACUUCAAGCAGAAACUCUUCCGCGGCGUCGCUAAUCUCGUCGACCCAGACACCAUCAUCGCGACGAGCAGCAGCGGGCUGACCUGCUCGAGCAUCCAGCAGGGGCUUGAGGCACAGCACAAGCCCGAGCGGGUGGUGGUGGGCCACCCGUUCAACCCGCCACACCUCAUCCCUCUCGUCGAGGUCGUGGGCGGCGAGCAGACAUCCCAAGCCACCAUCAGCAGAACGAUGGGCUUCUACGAGGAGGUGGGCAAGAAGGCGGUUCACAUCAAGAAGGAGGUGGUCGGACACGUGGCCAACCGGCUGCAGGCGGCACUGAUGCGCGAGGUCAUGUACCUGGUGCAGGAGGGCGUCGCCGACGUGUCAGACAUUGACCGCGCCAUGUCCAACGGGCCCGGUCUGCGGUGGGGCGUCAUGGGCCCUAGCAUGCUCUUCCACCUGGGCGGCGGGCAGGGAGGCAUCGAGUACAUGGCCGACCACCUGCUGGAGCCCAUGAUGAGCUGGUACGCGCGUGAGGACCCCAAGGUCGACGACGAGCUCAAGCGCAAGUGGGUCGAGGGGACAAAGGCGGCGGUAGAUGGGAGGGAGUACAGACCCCUGGCCAAGCAGCGAGACGAGGAGAUUGUGAGGCUGUUGAACGUCAGGAAAGAGUGGGACGGAUUUGCUGAGGCUUGCAGGAUGUGCUCUGCUUCCGAGGCGGGGAAGUCCUGAGAAGAGGAGCGUCUGUCUCUAGUUUAGUCGCGGCAUGUGUCUAGGUUCCCAGGUACCAACUUGUUUGUUUAGUUCUUGUUAA